AUGAACGGCCUCGAUUUUCGGUCCAGCCAAUCGUCCUAUGGCGACCCAAGGCAUUUCUCAGCCGCCUCAUACGGCGCGCCUCAACCGCCGCCAACCAAGGUUCUCCUGGACGGCUAUCGUGAUGCCCUGGGGCCUCAUAAUGCCGAGAAGUCACCAUAUGAUCCGAUGAACUCGACCUCGCAUCCCCGCCGCUCCGUUCCACUUAGCGCCAAUGAUCCGGUCGCCAUGUAUCUACUUACCGAAACUGCCAUGGGCGACAGCAUUAAUUACGAAAUUUUGUCGGUGGAGGAGGUUGAGGGGCUAAAGAAGGAGCUUCGAGUCUUGUCCAGCCGUACGAACGCUACGAAACGAAAAUUGACGCUGGAAUUAAAACUUCGCGACGCGGCCAUGUCGCUAAGCAGACUACACAAUCAAGGCCAUGGCGAUUACGAUUCCGACGGGCUAGGACAGAAUGAGACCGAUACUAACAAAACGAGUGAGGAACUCGCCGCCAGCAGUCGAAAAUGUGAGGAGCUGUCUAUGGAAAUAUGGUACUCCGAACGCAAAGUACAAGAGAUACAGAAGAGAUUACUCGAACACACUGCUGGAGUUUUACAGUUAACACACAAAGGCUUGAAGAAGAAUCUGAAGAACGGCAUUCCGCACACUCCGGAGAGCCUCUCCAGCAACAACACGGUGGACGAUUUCGAUGAUCGGAGCUUGUAUAAAUCUUCAGACCAUGUGGAGGGGCCUGGUAACUAUGGAGCACGAGCAGCACAACCUGAUGGUUUGGCGCAUGAUACCAUUCAGGAAACGGAAAGAAAACUAGAGUCCCUGAGUGGCCGAUUACGAAAUAUGUUGCUGCGAUCGGAUCCGAACAGUGAACACCCUCAAAUCCCACAAACGUCAAGUAGCGACGGUCCGAUUGAUCUCUCAGCGAUAGUGGAUGCUCAUCUCCAAUACAUUGAGAAUGGACUUGGUAUUCUCGGCUCUAAGCCCAAAGCCGAUAUGCCCAACCAAGAUCUGGAUCGCGUCAGCGAACAGCAAUUGGUGGAGAUGGAAACACAGUUGAUUACUAUCAUGGAAAACCCAGGGCUCCCUCGUGCUCAAACACUACCUCCGGCGCCCGAGGAAUCGGGAGCAGAUCUUGCCGAACACCUUACAUAUCUUAGUGUCGGGAUUAACGGACUGGAGAGCAGAGUUGACAAGUUACUUGAGCAAAAGGGCAUCCUGACAACCCAGAUCCAGCAGCAGCGCGAGCUCAAUUCCAAGUCUGAUGCAGAAAGGGACGCCAAAAUCACCGACCUAAUUGAACAAUUAGAAACUGUCCGCAAGGAACUUGAAACUGCUGAGCAUCAAGGCCAGAAAUCAAAGGAGGACUACGACUCGACUAUGAGAGAACUAGAAAAUGUGCGACGAGGGUUACCAGAAUCUGGGAACGCCCAAAGCAGCAGGGGACUCCACGAUUCUGGGAAUGAAUCCCAUGAAUAUGCGGAAGCCGAAGUCACUCGCCUUCAGAAUAUUAUCCAGGAAAUCCAACAAGAGAAAAAUGAGCAUCAUGAAGCCCGGGUCCGUGUGGAGGGAGAAGUCGCUCGCUUACAGGGGGUGGUGGGCCAGCUUCAGGACUCAACAGAGUCGCGCGAGAGUGCUGAGCAACAAGUCUCGCACAUGGAGGAGACAAUUCACCAAAUUCGUCAUGAUGCAGACAUUCGAGUCAAGGAAGCAACCGAUAUGCAGGCACAAGCCGAUGCGGAAAUUACCCGACUGGAAGAGCUACGUGAGCAACUGGAGUCUCAACUGAGAGAGGCAACAGAAUCACGCAGCGAGGCAGAAGAGAAAUCGACCCGCCUGCAAAAAGAACUGACUGACCUAGAGGGUGAGGUCGUAAGGGCCCAAACAGAACUCACCAUGGUCAAGGCGGAGCUUGAUGGUGCCUAUGGAACACGUGCGCAACGGGCUGCUGAAGCUGCCGCCGACCCUGCGCUUUUCCAGGAACUCGAUGAAUUGAAGGCCAGGAAUUUCGAAAUGGCCGAAGAGCUUGCUGGUCUCAAAGCCGGGAAGCCCGGAAGUGGCGACGCUCAAACUCGGGUUGAAACGCUCGAAAAGGAACUCCGCGAGACUGUUGAUGAUUACGAGGCCAUGACCAAGGCAAGCAUUGAGUUCGAGAAGGAGCGUGAAAGGUUCGAGGGCAUGAUCGAUAGCCUUCGCGAUCGUUGUGAGCAACUGGAGACUCAACUCAAUGAGGAACGGAUUAGCUGGAUGGGCUCCAACAACAGUGCUUCAUCCAUGGGACGAGACGGUCCUUAUGAGACAACAUCCACAAUGGUGCUGAAGAACGAAUUCAAGAAGAUGAUGCGUGAUACACGCGCUGAAAACAUGAAGAUACUUAAGGCUGAGCAAGAAGAACGCAAGAAACUGGAAGCCAUAUUACGGGAUCUGAAAAAGGAGCAAGCGAACCUGAGCGGUAAAUCGAGCCUCAGCCAAACAGCAACGGCAUUAUGA